AAGGCGAAGGAAGCCAAAUCCGGAAGUGGGAUAUACAAAAUGUCUUCGAAACCACGCGGCGUCGCGUUAAUAAUGAACAACAUGUUUGAAAAGAAGAAGGGAGAAAAAAGGAUAAAUUCUCCCCGGGAUGGGUGCGAGCAUGAUGAAAAAUACAUGGGAAACUUAUUCCAACAAUUAGGAUUUAACACAUUUGUUGCAAAAAAUGUUGCAAAAGACCGAAUUGUCGCCGUCAUGGAAAAAUAUCGGUCCCUCAUUACGGAAGAAAUGGAUUGUUUCGUCUUCGUUAUCAUGAGUCACGGCCAAUUAAACGAGAUUCAAAUGGCGGACGGGAACUCUAUGAAUAUUUAUGCCGAUUUCUUACCCGAAAUUACGAGAAAGAUGGCGCCGGCUUUUAGCGAGAAGCCUAAACUCGUAUUUUUUCAGGCGUGUCAAAGCCUUGAAAAGAAGAAGAAAUUCGAGUCCCACGAUGGUUCGGGUCAGUCGAAAAACGAAACGGAAACAAGUUCGGUGGAUCACGUCCGCCUGUUUUUUCCCGCCCUUCCCGCCGACGUGGCGAGACGUCAAUCCGCCACGGGAUCAAGAUUCAUUUACGCCUUGACAAAAGUGUUCAUGGAGCAAGCGCAUGAAAAACAUAUUGACGGUUUGCGCAACGAGGUAGCCAAGGUCAUGAAGAAUAUGGAACUUCCCCCCGGAUUUGAAAGGCAGAAUCCAAAAAUGGAUAUUCUAGGAGAGUGCGAUAAACUCUACUUUAAUCCGGGGCUGUGAAAUGGGUAAAUUUUACUUUUCGCUAUUUGUGUAACAAUGGACUUGUACAUAUUAAUAUUUUGCAUACGGAACAGGAAAUUUAAAGGAUUUGUAAGAAUUGCUUAUGUUUUGUAUGUAAUUUGCUUUUUCAAAAUAUAAAUUUGUAAAUCCAUUAAAUUUUUAGUUUCAUCAAGUUUCAAUAAAUAAUUUAUACGGGUCAAAUUUAGGAUUGUGCCGAGCUUUUUUAAACCUUUAAAAACAUUUAUAUA